CCCAUACGUUAAUAACAGUUAUAACUUCAUAUACAUAUUUCAGGCAAUCAUAAAAAACACAUAUAUAUCAUGUUGACAAUCAACACAAAAUUGUGAAGAAUAUCACAUCAACAAGAUACCCCGUUUGAUAUAUUUAUAUAGUGUUAUAAAUACAAUAUAUAUAAAUUUUGAUAUAAUUAAUUUGUGAGAUGAUAAACAACAUUAUUCCAAAGAUGGGUCAUGGGAAUUUUUACAAAUUAAGAAGAGGUGUUGAAUUCUUUCAUGGGAGGAGAUCUUCUAGUAGUGUUUGGCUGCAGAGAAAAUCCCCAGAAACGAUGAUGAUUGGUCGGUAUGGGUAUUCUUACCAAGGAUUGAAGCUGUUCAGCUCUACUAAUAAUAGAGAUUGGACAACAUUUGGUACAAUGUUUAAGGAUAGCAAGGAGAAGGUUCAGCCAGUAAUAGCACCAAAAAUCCCAGCUUCUUCCCGGCAUUAUUACUCAUUCCCUAAUUGGGCAAGAUGGUUUUUGGGGACUUUGGUAACAUUUCUUCCUUUUUCAUACGAGAAAUGGGUAAAACUAAGAGCCUUAGAAGGAAAGGCAGAGAUGGUUGUGGAAGAGGUUGAAAAUGUGGCUGAGAUGGUAGAAAAGGUGGCACUGGUGGCUGAGAAGGUGUCAUCCGACGUGGCAGAUGGGCUUCCAGAAAAUGGUACACUCAAGAAAACUGCUAUGUUUGUAGAAAGAGUUUCAAAAAAAGCUGCUCAAGAAGCUCAUCUCACCAAACAAUUCAUUCACAAGGUGGAUGAAUUGAAGGAGGACUUGGAAAAGAUGGAGAGUCUGAUCGAGCCACAUCCUCUUGUCAAAUCUAAGCAUGGAUCUAAAGGGCAAUAAUCCAAAGUGUCAUGAUAAUCCUUCUAGUUAAUUUUUUUUAUACUUUAAGUCGUGAUACUAAUUAAAAAUGUAAUGAUAUAUAUUAAAAAUUGUUUCUUAAUAUUCUCUUAUAGCUAGGCAUCUCAUUUGUUUUAUUCACCAUGGUUUUAAAUUAUGUAUUGUAUCCUAAAUGAUGAGGAUAUUUACACCAAAAUAUAUAAAUAUAUAUAGAGGAGUGCACCUCGUUUAUUAAAGGAGAAAUAAUAUUUUGGCCUAUGUGUUUUUCCCGAAUAUGUAAUCGGUUUA